AUGGGUGACGUUACCGACGAAAGCAAACCAUCUCACAACCAUGUUGACAAACUCAGCGUUGCCAACCCAGAGGAAGGAACUCUUCCCGUUUACGAUGACCCUGAGACGAAGCGCAUCCUUCGCAAGGUCGACUAUCGACUGAUUCCGAUGUUAACACUUCUCUAUGUUGUUGGGUUUCUCGACCGCGGCAACAUUGGAAACGCAAAGGUUGCGGGCAUGAAUGUGGAUCUAGGUCUGACCAGUUCCCAAUACAACAUUGCACUCACCGUGUUCUUCUUCCCGUAUGCCUUUUUCGAAGUCCCGAGCAACAUUGUCCUCAAACUCCUUCGACCUUCUAUAUGGAUCUGUAUCAUGAUGAGCUCAUGGGGUCUGGUCAUGACCAUGCAGGGCCUAGUCAAAGGCUACAACGACCUCGUCAUUACCCGAUUUUUCCUCGGUCUGACUGAAGCGGGCUUUUUCCCGGCUGCAAACUAUCUCCUCACUACCUGGUACUGCCGAUUCGAAGUGCAAACCCGGAUUGCUGUCUUUUACUCCGCAGCCUCGCUAGCUGGCGCCUUCUCAGGUCUCUUAGCCUUCGCCAUCGAAAAGAUGGAUGGUGUUGGUGGCCUCGCCGGAUGGCGCUGGAUUUUCAUCCUCGAAGGGAUACUUACCGUCGUCAUUGCCGUCACAUUGCCUUGGACCCUUCCCGACAGCCCAGAAACGGCGAGCUUCCUGACUAGAGAAGAGAAGGAUGUCAUCCAUCGACGUCUGGAGCAAGAUUCGGGAACCUCCGCCGGCACAGUGCAGACGAACGAAAAAUUUCAGUGGAAGUUCCUCUGGGCUGCUUUGAGCGAAUGGAGGCUGUAUUUUGGUAUGAUUGCUUACUGGGGCAAUUCUGUGUGCCUCUACUCGUUUACGUACAGCGCUCCCAGCAUCAUCCUUGAUUUGGGAUACAGUGCCGCGAACGCCCAGUUGCUCACUAUCCCCAUCUAUCUCGUUGGUGUCAUCAGUACCUUGGUGUUCGCCCGGCUAGCAGACAAAAAGAAAUAUCGCUGGCCUUGCAUUGUAACUCCAUUCGGAAUCGCGUUCUGUGGCUUCAUCGCUCUGCUGAGCAUCCCUCACCCACGGUUCCCUGGAUUAACCUAUGCAUUCCUAUUCACAAUCCCAGCAGGUGUUUAUCCUCCCCUUGUCGGGAUCCUCGCUUGGAGCGGAAACAAUCUCUCACCAACAUGGAAGCGUGCGGUCGGAAUGGCGCUGCUCAUUUCUCUCGGCAACCUUGGAGGUGCCAUCGGCAGCAACAUCUUCAUUGAGCAACAAAAGCCCCGUUACCCACUCGGAUACGGCUUCUGUCUUGGUAUCUGUGGCGCAGCUAUUAUAUGUGUCACUGUUCUUAAGUACUCCUGGAAAAGAGAGAACAAGAAGCGCGAUGCAAUGGAUGCGGCAGAGAUCCAUUCUCGAUACUCGACCCAGGAGCUCUUGGAAUUGGGUGACAAGUCCCCCCUCUAUCGAUACGUGAUUUAA